AUGAAAAGUAAAGGCACUCAAGAACUGGUACUGCGAUUGCACAAAGAAGGUCUAAAUGGAAAUGAAAUUCAUGAAUAUUUACGUGGUACGGUUUCAAGAGCAACAAUUUAUUCUUGGGUAAAAUCAAUCAACAGAUCUGGCACCAUCGAUUUAACGAGUCCAAAAGGUCGUCCGAGAAUAAUUCGCACAAAAACUCUAAUUCAGAAGGCGAAACAACGUUUAUCAAGAAAGAAGAAAGCAUCUUCACGAAUAUUGGCGAAAGAAAUGAAAGUAUCUCAUAUCGCCAUGCGUCGAAUUAUUAAAGAGGAUCUGGGUUUGAAACCGUAUGUUAAACGAGUGGCGCCAAAGCUUACUGAGCAACAUAAAAUAAAAAGAAGAUCGUUCGGAAUUUGGGUUCGAAAAAAUAUUCGAAAAUCAAUGACAGAAAAAAUUUUAUUUUCCGACGAGAAGUAUUUUGAUAUCGAUGGAAUUUAUAACAAACAGAACGAUCGAAUUUAUGCUCCCGCACGUGAAGAAGCUGAUCGCAAAAUUAAUCUAGCUAAUUUUUACAAAAAGUCCUUCAAACUAUGUAUAAAAAUAAAUUGGUCUGAAUUAAUUUUGUGGAAAAACUAG